CCAGUCAAAGACCGGAACAAGGAAAGGAGGGAAGUGUUAGUGAAGCCUUGACCUGUAGUUACUGUAGCGAAACAAAACCAGGCUACCGGAACAUCUAAACAUUCAUACACAGAAAUGGGGAAGAUCAGUUUUCAGCCGUCUGGUGUUUUACAGAAAUCCGAGAAGGAUGAAAAAGAUGCGGAUAAAACCGAGAUACUAAUACCACUUCAGCAACAGCACGAGGAGCUGUCUGUCCCGGUGCGCACCAGGAAGGCUGCUGUCAAUGGGCUCUGCUGCAUGGCCUUUGGCUUGGUUGUGUUAAUGUCAGGUCUGGUGUUGGCAUCCAUAUAUGUGUACAGACACUAUUACAUCAGUCAGCUUGCCCAGGAGAACUUGUUCGAAUGCAGGGUUCUGUACGAAGACUCUGUUUACGCCCCCUUCAGGGGACGGCAGGAACUGGAGGAGAGUGUGGAGAUCAAUCUGGAGGACAAUUACGAGCAGAUUAACGUCCCGGUGCCUCAUUUUGGAGGAAGUGAUGCGGCAGACAUUAUCCACGACUUCCAAAGGGGUUUGACAGCGUACUAUGACAUUGCAUUGGACAAGUGCUACGUGAUAGAACUGAAUACCUCCAUAGUGAUGCCACCACGGAACCUCCGGGACCUGCUGAUUAAUGUCAGGAGGGGAACCUACCUCCCUCAGACCUACAUCAUCCAGGAGGAGAUGGUGGUGGUGGGACAGGUCCACAGUGUCCAGCAGCUGGGAGUGUUCAUUGACCGACUGUGCGGCGGAAAGGAGACCUACAGGCUGAAGCACAGGAGCAGCAGACGACGCAUUGACAAGCGUGAGGCACGAAACUGCCACAGCAUCCGGCACCUUGAGAACACCUUUGUGGUGGAAACUCUCAUCUGUGAUCAGGCCUAAGGAUCUUUGCAAUGAGUAUCUCCCUGCAUGACUCCACCUCUGUAGCCAUCUCUUCUUACAUGUAAAGCUGAACGUUCACUUUUUAAGUGUCAAUCUGGCCCUGUUAUGACGCUGUACUGUACAGUUCCAGUUUGUCUUCGGUAGGUAAUGAACAUGCACGCCUUUCUCUCUACUCUUAAACUUGUACAGUCUGUUACAAGGCUUGUAUUUAUACAGUGUGCAAAAAUAAACUCCAGGAAAUGUCACAGGACGUUUUAGGCUGCCCUUUGGUUAACACAGCAAGUAGCAAAGUGUCAUUCAGCGACAUGAGGUUAAUAUAAUAACAAGCAAAGUAAAAAAAAUAAAUAAAUAGUGUACAGAUUACAAAUGAGGGAAAAAGCAUUGUUUCCUGUUCAAUUACCAGAUUUCUUUCUGUAUUAAUGCAUCGCUCAGGGAUGACAAUUAGACCCUCAUUGCAUAGCAGUUUGAUCCAUUCCUGGUUUUACUAGGAGUUUAACCAGACACAUCUGAGCUUGUUACCUGUACACUGUGGCUAAUCAAGCUCGUAGUAAAACUGCUUUGCAAUAGGAGUCUUGUCUCCAUCCCUGUAGCUGAUGACUGAAUCCAUGUAAAAGAGCAACAUUCGGACAUUCUGCUGCAGAUGGUUACGUUGCCCUGCAAAUAUGUACCUGUGAUUUACAAAAAAAAACAUUAAUAAUAAUUACCUGUAAAACAGUUGCAGUAGCAAUCCAGCAUGCUCACAGCCAAAGUGCAGUUUUUAUUUGACUAUAUAUCUUUAUAAGGAGAGUCUUUGAAUCCCGUUGAUGCUGUCACAUUACUUCAGCAAUGCUGUCAGUUCUCAUAUAGCCAAGGGGAGAAUAGCUGUACACAUUCCCCAAUGUCUUGAAAUGUAAGCUUUGCACCUACUUUUUUAGUCAACUAAUCUUUUUUUUGGACUGCAUGUGUUUAUCUUUCUGAAUCCUGCAUUCUGUCGGUUUUAUGUGACCAUGAAAAGCCUUGGUUCUGUGUUGAACUAAAGUAAUUGCUUUCAUAAGAGAACAAAAAAACAUUGUAUGUCUAUAAUAUGGUCACCUCUUAGUUUUGUAUAUUUCGUCUGCUAGUAAGGCGUAUCUAUGAAUAAAGGUGAAACCACUUCA